AUGUUUAUGACAAGAUCAGAAUACGACAGAGGUGUAAACACAUUUUCUCCUGAGGGUCGUUUGUUCCAGGUGGAAUACGCCAUUGAAGCUAUUAAGCUUGGUUCUACUGCAAUUGGCGUUAAAACUAAAGAGGGUGUUAUCCUGGGUGUUGAAAAACGUCUUACAAGUUCUUUGAUGGAGUCUUCCUCUGUGGAAAAACUUAUUGAAAUUGAUACCCAUAUUGGUUGUGCUAUUUCAGGUCUUACUGCUGAUGCCCGUACCAUCGUCGAUCAUGCUCGCGUCCAAACUCAAAACCAUCGCUUCACAUAUGAUGAACCUCAAGGCAUUGAAAGCACUACACAGGCCAUUUGUGAUUUGGCACUGCGCUUCGGUGAAGGUGCUGACGGAGAAGAGCGCAUCAUGUCUCGUCCCUUUGGCGUUGCCCUCCUUAUCGCUGGCAUUGAUGAACAUGGACCUCAAUUGUAUCACACAGAGCCCUCUGGAACAUACUUCCGUUAUGAUGCCAAAGCCAUUGGUUCUGGCAGCGAAGGUGCUCAAAGCGAACUCGUUAAGGAAUAUUACAAGGACAUCACAUUGCGUGAUGCCGAAGUCUUGGUCCUUAAAGUUCUUCGUCAGGUAAUGGAGGAGAAAUUGGACUCAAAAAACGUUCACCUCGCUAGCGUGACUUCUGAAAAGGGUUUCCAUCUUUACACGGAAGAGGAAAUGAAUGAUGCUGUUAAGCGGGAACAAGAAAAGUCUGAUUAG